AUGGAACAAACCGAUACAAGAGCAGCAACAGCAGAAACCCAAAGCCGAAAGUCAAAUGGACCUCUGGAUUGUAACAGAAGUGAAAAAAGUAUUUCACGGCACAAGGGGGGCGAUGUCUCUGAGCUGGUUCCAUCCAACUUGCCGAAUGCAUCGCCCAAUGAGGUUGUGAAUGAGUGGCUGAAGAAAAUUCCAUCAGACAGUGCUCUUUAUGAUGUAGGUGAAGAGUUGCAUGAAAAUGGCAAUGAUGCAGAACAUCAGAACACAUCCCAUGAGCCCUCACCAAAUGAAAGAGUAGAUGUGGCUGAGGAGGCUGCUGACAAUGCUAAGUCUGAGGCAAAUAGUGACAUAGAUGAAGCUCAAGAGGUACAAACAAAGAGUUCUGUAAAGGCAGACAAUGAACCUGUUGCUGAGGCACCUCAGGAGUCCGAGACAGCAAAUGCCAAAGAUGAUACUACCGUCCCCUCUCCUCCAAGAGAGGAAGAAGUUGCAAAGGGGUUCCACUCCUCUGUUCAAGUGAUGAAAGUUCUGCUAAGCCCUAAACUUGACAGAUGCCAAAGUUUACCUGAGGUGUCUCCAGUGUAUGGACGGAAGCUGAGCUCCUCUGCUAGGGGACUCCUUGAUUGCCUUGCAAACCUGCAGCUGAUAGACUUCGACCCCAGUGACAAAACUGGAAAAGAUGCCAGGUAUAAGGAGCUGAUGAAUAUCCUUCAGUCACUUUGGCUUUGUGACCCAUCUGACAAUGACCAGAGAAUAAAACUAAAAGGUAAAAUCAGAAACAGAUCAGUAGAUGAAGAGUUCAAUCACAGAUCAUCUUCAGGUGUAGAUGUCAGUAGUGGUUCCACAGGUUCAGGGAAGAGUAUUACUGCUCAAGAUCAAAACUCCCCAGCUAAUGCAGGAGAUGCAGCCACAGAUGUUCCUACAACUGCACAGGAGGCUAAAGAGACUGAAGAUGAAGAAGAACUAGAAGUGACCAAAUCUGACCAGGCAACACCAGACAUAGCCACUCGGGUCCAACAAAGUCCUGAGGUAGACAUUGACAUUGAGAAACAAAAUGAGGAUGAUGUACCCUCAGAUGACACUAUAAGAAGCAAUGACAGCCCAAGAGAAAUUCCAGAAUCACCUCAAUCCUCCAACAAAAGCUCAGGAAAUGAGAGCAGUGCUAAACCUCAGGAGGAAACUGAAACAGACCCUCAAGAGGAAACAAGUUCUGGUUCACCUCCAUCAGUCCAUAGAGCCCAGUUGACAAAAAGGGUUUCUCUAGACCCUGAUCCCAUAUGGGUGCUAAAUCUUUUGAGCAAGUUACAGAAACAGUUCAUGGCACAUUAUGUUGAUGCUAUGAAAGAAUUCAAGCUGCGAUGGAAUUUGGAAGGAAAUAUGCAAAUUGACUCAAUGAUCAGUGAACUGGAAGAUGAGGUUCACAGGAGAAUACAAACAAGCAUUGACAGAGAGCUCAGGAAAAUACAAGGACGUGCUGGAAGGCCAAGACCACCAAGGGAGGCAUUGUCGAGAGAAUCAACGGCCCAAGCUGAACAGAGACGCAGACGACUGAAAGUCAUGCGCAACCAGUCAGUUGAUGCACAGAUUGCAAAAAGUGAUGAUGAUUGUGCUGCCACUGGGACUGAUUUCAGCGACCAGCGCAGUGAUGAUGAAUACUGCCCAUGUGACACAUGCGUGCAGAAAAAAUUGCAGAAAGCAGAAAUUUUGCCAGCAGAAAUUUUCAACUCUGCUCCAGUGAUGAUGGACUUUGACCUAAGAAAAAUUCUGCAGUUGAAAAAGGAUACUCCGACUACUGGCAAAGACAAUAACGUAGAAGAGCCUGAGAGAGAAAUCAAAACCAAUGCAAAUGAAAACCAAGAUGAAAGUCAUUUCCUUGAACCUCUGAAAGAGGAGGAAGAGAUGGAUGAGUCAGAGGAGGCAAAGGAGGAACUUAAAGCUCCAACAAAUGUUCCAGUGUGGAGGAACUUUGACCUAAGACAAAUUCUGCAGCUGAAAAAGGAUGCUUUGACUACUGGCAAAGAUAGUAAAGUAGAAGAGAGUGAGAGUGAAAUCAGAGCCAGUGAAGGUGAACCCCUGAAACAGGAGAAUGAGACAGAGGAGGCAAAGGAGGAACUAAAAGCUCCAACAAAUGCUUCAGUGAUGAUGAACUUUGACCUAAGAAAAAUCCUGCAGCUGAAAAAGAAUGCUCUGACUACAGGCCAAGAUAAUAAAGUAGAAGAGAGUGAGAGAGAAAUCAAAGCCAGUGAAGGUGAACCCCUGAAACAGGAGAAUGAGACAGAGGAGGCAAAGGAGGAACUAAAAGCUCCAACAAAUGUUUCAGUGAUGAUGAACUUUGACCUAAGAAAAAUCCUGCAGCUGAAAAAGAAUGCUCUGACUACAGGCCAAGAUAAUAAAGUAGAAGAGAGUGAGAGAGAAAUCAAAGCCAGUGAAGGUGAACCCCUGAAAGAGGAGAAAGAGAUAGAUGAGACAGAGGAGGCAAAGGAGGAACUCAGAGCUCUAACAAAUGAAGAGAAGAGAGAUGAAGUGGAAGUUUGCAAAGAUGUCAUUGAGGAGCCUGGCAAUGAGGUAGAGGAAUGUAAGGAUGAUGUGGAAGUGACUCAAGGUGAGGCAGGUGUUGGCAAUGAUGAGAGUAAAAAUCUAAAGAAGAAACAUGGUUCAAAGCUAGUGCCCCGUGCAGAAUUUAUGGCUUCAAAGGGAAACCAAGGUUUUGCAAACAUAUGCAUGUAUGUCAUGGAUAUUUCAACAUUCAAACAGAUCAUGGAAGAGCAGGAAGAAGCAGAGCGCAUAUUCAAUCAGGAAGAGGCUAAAAAAGAGAAAGAAGCAGAAGAUAAGAUCAAACAAGCUGCAGAGGAUGGGCCUGCCUUAGAUGCUGAAGUGACUGAGAGGGCUGAGAAAGCUACUGUGUCUGAAUUAGAGGAGGCUAAAGUAGCAGAGAUUGAAAAAGAUGAUGAACAAUCUGGUGGACAUAAGAAAAAGACUACAAAGCUAAUGGACAUCCCAACAUUCCUCAGACUAACAGCAGACGAAGGUGCAGAUGAUCUCAAAAGUUCUCAGGAGGAAGAGGAGGAUGAGAAGGGAAUGGAGAUUAAAGAUGAGAAAAUAGAGGAGGCAGAAGAAGGAUUUGAGGAAGCUAUUGAGCCCAAAGUGACUAAAGAAGCUGAAGAGGCUGAUAAACCUGUUUCAGAGACUGCUGUCAUAGCAGAAACUGAGGAAAAAGACCAACAAGAGAAACCUGAGGGGCAAAAGACAAAGCCUACAAAGCUGAUGGACAUUCCAACAUUCCUCAGACUCACUGCAGAAGAAGGCGCAGAUGAUCUCAAAAGUUCUCAGGAGGAUGAGGAAGGAUUUGAAGCAGAGGAUAUCAAAGAUACAGAAGAGGGACCUGAGGAAGAUGUUGAGGCUGAAGUGGAUGAAGAAGUUGAGACUGCUGAGGUAGCAGAUACUACAAAUGAAGAUGAAGAAGAGAAGCCUACAGGACAAAAGACAAAGCUUAUGGACAUUCCAACAUUUCUCAGACUCACUGCAGAAGAAGGCCAAGAUGAUCUCAAAAGUUCACAAGAAGGUGAUGACGAGGAGGGAACAGAGAUUGAGAACAAGGAAUAUGUGGAAGCUGAAUCUGGGGAAGAUGAAGAACCUGAAGUGGCUGCUGAAGCUGAAAUUGAGGCAGAUGAAGUAGCAGAAACUGAUAAUGAAAAGACAGAUAAUGAUGGUAUAUCGAAGGCAGAAAGUCCAAGAAAACCUGUCACUAAGCUCAUGGACAUUCCAACUUUUCUGAGACUCACAGCAGAAGAAAGCCCAUGUGAACUUGAAACCUCUGAUGCAGAUGAAGAAGGAGAUGAAGAAGAGGAGGAUGAAAAUGGUGAACAUGGUGCAGCUGCUGAAGUGUGUUCUGAAGCAGCAGAAACGGAAAAUCAAGAUGAGACUGAGUCACCUCAGUCAAAAAGGGAAGCAAAACCUGUGAAGAAGAAGCUCAUGGACAUUCCCACUUUCCUCAGACUUACAGCAGAUGAAAGUGCAUGUGACCUCGAAAGCUCUGAGGAAGAAGAAGGCAAGGAGAGGAUUGAUGAAGAGGAAGCAGAAGAUGCACAUAGCGAUGAGGAAGAAGAUGCUGAAGCUAAACAUCAGUCUGUAGAAGACAAACCUGAACCAGCAGAGGAAGAAGGAACUGCAGAUGAGUAUGCAGCUGAAAAAGAUACUGACCCCGAUGAAGAAGAGAGGGCCAAUAAAGAUUCUGAAGUUCCUGAAACAGCUGAUGAAGACACAGAACAAGCUGAGACAGCUGAUGAAAAAGAGACCACAGAUGCUCAAACGGCUGAUGAGGAAGAUACAGCUCCAUCUGAAACUGAAAAUGAAGUCUCAAUUCAGGGUGAAUCAGCAGAGGAUGGAGAAACUGGAGAAGGAAGCACUUCAGACGAGGUGGAAACAGUCCUUGCUAAAAUACCUGAGGAAAGAGAAACUGCUGAUGAUGAAACAGCACCGGGUGAAAGUGCAGCUGAAGACAAAGAACCAGAGACAGGAGCAGAAGAAGAGGAAGAGGACUGUACCAAAGCUCCGUCAGUAAAAGAGUCUGAAGCUGAUGAAGAUGAACUGAAACAAAAGCACUCAGUCGAGGAGGAAGGCAAGACUAGAGCAGAGACUGCUGAAGAUGGAGAAACAGCAGAUGGUGAUGAAGCAGAUACUGCUGACGAUGGUGAAACAGCUGUAAGUGAGACAGCUGAUGAUGAAGGUGAAACAACUGAAGAUGAAAAAGUUGAGGUUGAGAAGCCAGAAGAUGGAGAAUCUGCAAAGGGUGAAAGUGAUGAAGAUGACAAAGAUGACAAUGAGACAGUUGAAGAUGAAAAAGUGCCUGAAGCUGGUGCAACCGAAGAUGAAGAGGCUGAUGAAGAGGCAGAAGAUGGAGAAACGUCUAAAGAUGAGGCGGCCAGAGGUGGAGAAACAACUGAAGAUGAAAAAGCUGAUGAAGGUGAACUGAAACAAGAGCAAUCAGUCGAGGAGGAAGACAAGGCUAGAGCAGAUACUGCUGAUGAUGGUGAAACAGCUGAAGGUGAGACAGCUGAAGAUGAGGGUGAGACAACUGAAGAUGAAAAAGCUGAUGAAGGUGAACUGAAACAAGAGCAAUCAGUCGAGGAGGAAGACAAGGCUAGAGCAGAGACUGCCGAAGAUGGAGAGACAGCAGAUGAUGAAGAAGCAGAUACUGCUGAUGAUGGUGAGACAGCUGAAGAUGAGGGUGAGACAACUGAAGAUGAAAAAGUUGAGGUUGAAAAGCCAGAAGAUGGAGAAUCUGCAAAGGGUGAAAGUGAUGAAGAUGACAAAGAUGACAAUGAGACAGUUGAAGAUGAAAAAGUGCCUGAAGCUGGUGCAACCGAAGAUGAAGAGGCUGAUGAAGAGGCAGAAGAUGGAGAAAUGUCUAAAGAUGAGGUGGCCAGCGGUGGAGAAACAGCUGAAGAUGAAAAAGCUGAAGGCGAGACAGCUGAUGACGGAGAAACGGCAGAUGAAAAGACACCUGAAGCUGGCACUACUGAAGAUGAAGAAGAAGUUGAGGCAGAGACGACUGAAGAUGAAAAAGUAACUGAAGCUGAGGCGACUGAAGAUAAUCAAGCUGAGCCUGCUGAAUCAGAAGAUGGUAAGACAGCUGACAUGGCUGAAAAGGAAGACUUUCUAAGACUUACUGCAGAAGAGGGUCCAGAUGACCUCAAAUGUUCUCAGGAGGGUGAUGAUGAAGAUGAGGAGGGAUCUGAGAAGAUUGAAGAUGAAGAAAAAGCAAGUGAGACAGUAGAAGAUGGAGAGACAGCUGAAGAUGAGAAAGGUGAUGAUGGAGAAACAGGGAAUGAAACGGCAGAAGAUGGGGAAACAGCUGAAGCAGAAACAACCGAAGACGCAAAAGCUGAAGGUGAAACAACUGAAGAUGGGGAGACUGGAGAUGAGAUAGCUGAAGAAGAAAAAGCUGGAGUUGAGACAGAGAAUGGCGAAAAAGUUGAGGAUGAAAAAGCUGAAGUUGAGUUAGUAGAAGAUGGGAAAGAAGCUGAAGAUGAAAAAGCUGAAGCUGAAGUUGGAGAGACAGCUGAGGGUGACACGGCAAAAAGCGAGAGAGCAAAAGAUGGAGAAACAGCUGACGGUGAAACAACCGAGGGUGAGACGGAUGAGGAUGGAGAAACAGGCGAAGGUGAGACAGCUAGAAGUGAGACUGCUGAUGAUGGAGAAACAGCUGAAGAUGGAGAGACAGGGGCCCAGACAACUGAAGAUGGAGAGACAGGGGCCCAGACAACUGAAGAUGGAGAGACAGGGGCCCAGACAACUGAAGAUGGAGAAACAGGGGCCCAGACAACUGAAGAUGGCGAGACAGCAGGUGAGACAGCCGAGGGCACUGCAGAGGCUGGAACGGCUGAUGAAGCUGAAACAGGAAAUGAAGCUGCACAAGAGGAUGAAAAGUCAGAGACAGGGCAAAACAAUGCAGACGACACAGAAGAAGUACCCGAUGAUGUGUCAGAAAUAAAAGCAGACGGUGAGACCGAAGAUGAAAAGUCCCUGAGGGAGGUUGGAACAAGCACUGACGAAAAAGCCAACGAGGAGAGUGAAAUUCUUGAAAGUGACGACAGAGUUGUCACAAGUGAUCUGGGCUUAUCAGCUGAUGGAGGCGAUGAGGCUGAGGAUGAAACAGAGCCCGAUGUUGACACAGAUGAUGGGGAGCCAGUGCGAACAACUCCCUCAGCAGAGGACAAGACCGAUUAUGACACACAGGAUACGUCAGCAUCUUUUGAAACUGUCGUCCAAACCAAACCAUGCAUCGAGUCGGAGGAUGGAGCCGACGCAGAUGUGGAGGACUCCGAGACGGACUUUACCAGCACCUCGGCGACUGCAAGCUGCGACUCGGAGUGUGCUGACAAACCCGAGGAGGAGCGGUCCAAGGAGCAGGCGACGUCCCUGAGUCAGACCUAA